AAAUCAGACCCUCCAUCCCCCCGGCACGUGACCAUAUACCCCUGUUGGACUUUGAGGCGGUGAUGGGAUUCGCGAAUAUAAAUGGAGUCACGGAUAACCCGUGUCGGCCAAGAAAUUCCCAAGAUCUUCGUCCUCAUCGCCGCCUUGCUCCUUUGAAUUCUAACCCCUACCGCCUCCAGAUCCGGCACCGUUUCGUCGACGAAGAAUAUGGCCGGAGUGGGACCUAUAACGCAGGACUGGGAGCCGGUGGUGAUCCGCAAGAAGGCCCCCAACGCCGCCACCAAGAAGGACGAGAAGGCCGUCAACGCCGCCCGUCGCAGCGGCGCCGAGAUCGAGACCCUCAGGAAGUCCACUGCUGGUAUCAAUAGAGCUGCAUCUAGCAGCACAUCGCUGAAUACAAGGAAGCUUGAUGAAGAAACAGAGACUCUUUCUCAUGAACGAGUACCAUCAGAACUGAAGAAGAAUAUCAUGAAAGCUCGAAUGGACAAGAAAUUGACCCAAGCUCAGCUUGCACAGCUGAUCAAUGAGAAGCCUCAAGUGAUUCAAGAGUAUGAAUCAGGGAAGGCUAUUCCUAAUCAACAGAUCAUAAUCAAACUGGAAAGGGUUCUUGGAGCGAAACUGCGAGGUAAAAAGUAAUGCAACAAUUGCCAACUGGUACUAGCCAAAUAACUGAGGGAAUUCAGAGCGCUAGGUUUGAUUUACUAAUGUGGUAUGGAUCGAGUUCUUCAGUUCAGAUUAAUGCAAACCAAACAUCAGAGAACAUUAUCCAGGAAUAUGUAUCUUCUAUGUUGGGUUCCUGUAAUCAUGGAGGUAGACUUGAGACUGUCGUGGUCGUUUGCUCUAUGUUAAGUCUGCAUUUCCAAUAUAUUUCAAGGAGCUCCUCUCUUCGCCAAUCCACCCUCGCUGUGACUGGUGCGAACUGUUGAUCACAAUGGAUGGAGAUCUGCUGAUAGGUUCUUGUAAUCACGGAGGUUGAUUUCAGACUGUUCUGGUCGUUUGGUCUGUGUUAAGUCUGUAUGUCCUCCCAUAUCUCUGGGAGCCCCUGUCUGCGCCAAUCCACGUCCACGCUCUUUCGUUGGGACUGGUGCAAACUAUCUAUCACAAUCGAUGGAAGAUCUGGUGCUGUGUCUUUUUCUGAGAACCCGUCUAGGGUUAUGUUACGUUACUCCUUCCUGCAUAUCGUGCAGGCAGGUUGGUCACUGUAUGGAAUUCUACUAGAUAAUGAUUGUCAGGCGGGUGGAUGCAGCGCUGGAUUCGCUACUUUUACCAGGCAAUCUGCUCGGUAAUGGUAAUCUUAUAUGAGGGCAAAAGAACGAAUAAAAUUUAGAAUCAAAAGAACUAUUUAUCA